GUCCUUAGUUCUUACCAUUUUGGUUGUGUUGUGUGUUAUGCUCUCAGUUUCCAUCAUAUGGUUCUUCGUUCCAUGUUUCAUAAUUCUUCUCAUGUCAUCCUUCACCUACGACGUGUUCCUCAGCUUCAGAGGCUCCGAUACACGCUACGCUUUCACCGGCAACCUCUACAAAGCUCUUCGUGACAGAGGAAUCCACACCUUCAUCGACGAAGAGGACCUUCAACGAGGGCACGAAAUCAAACCAUCGCUCAUCAAUGCUAUUCAACACUCCAGGAUGGCCAUCCUUGUCCUCUCCCAAAACUAUGCGUCUUCCUCCCACUGCUUGGACGAACUUGUCACAAUCAUUGACUCUGUUAAGGCCAAGGGUCGCUUCAUUCUGCCCAUUUUUUAUGACGUUGAUCCUUCUCACGUGCGCCAUCAGACCGGGACUUAUGGGGAGGCACUCGCCAUGCACCAGGAAAGGUUCACACGUGACAAGGAGAACCGGAAGGAUAACGUGGACAGGUUGCACAAAUGGAAGAUGGCUCUUAACCAAGCAGCUAGUUUGUCCGGCAACCAUUACAAACUUGGGAAUGAAUAUGAACAUGAGUUUAUUGGGAAGAUAGUUAAAGAGGUCUCUGACAAGAUUAACCGCACGCCAUUACAUGUGGCGGAUUACCCCGUUGGACUGGAUUCUCGAGUGCAAAAAGUGAAGUCGCUUUUGGAAUUUGGAUCUGAUAUUGGAGUCCAUGCUGUAGGGAUUUAUGGAAUAGGGGGAAUGGGCAAAACAACACUUGCUCGAGCAAUUUAUAAUUCAAUUGCGGACCAAUUUGAAGGUUUAUGUUUUCUUGACAAUGUGAGAGAAAACACAAUUAAACACGGAUUAGUACAUCUCCAAGAGAUGCUUCUGUCUGAAGUAGUUGGAGACAAGGAUAUUAAGAUAGGAAGUGUUAGUAGAGGAAUUUCAAUAAUAAAGCAUAGGCUCCAGCGAAAGAAGGUUUUUAUAAUUCUUGAUGAUGUCGACAAGCUAGAACAAUUGCGAGCAACUGUUGGAGGGCCUAAUUGGUUUGGUUCUGGCAGUAGAGUCAUCAUAACUACUCGGGACAAACAUUUGUUAGCAAGUUAUGGGGUUGAUAGAAUAUAUGAGGUGCGCGGUCUAGAUGAGGAAGAAGCACUUGAAUUGCUUAGUUGGAACGCUUUUAAAGAUGACAAAGUUGAUCCAAGAUACAAGGACAUUUCUAACCAAGCAGUAGCUUAUGCUUCUGGCCUUCCACUGGCUUUGGAAGUAGUAGGUUCCCUCUUGUUUGGGAAAAGCGUAAAAGAAUGGGAAUCUGCAUUAGAUCAGUAUAAAAAAAUUCCUCACAAGAGUAUCCAAGAUAUACUCAAAGUAAGCUACAAUGCUUUAGAGGAAGAUCAGAAGAAAAUUUUUCUUGACAUUGCUUGUUGUUUGAAAGGACCUGAAGUGGCAGAGGUUGAAGAAAUACUUUGUGCUCAUUAUGGUGUUUGCAUGAAAUAUGGCAUUGGAGUGUUGGUUGAUAAAUCCCUCAUAAAAAUUAAGAAUGGCUGUGUGACACUUCAUGAAUUGAUAGAGGUUAUGGGUAAAGAAAUUGAUCGAAAAGAAUCACCGAAAGAGCUUGGGAAACGCAAGAGGUUGUGGUUCCAUGAAGAUAUAAUUCAAGUUUUAGCAGAAAAUAUAGGGACUAGUGUGGUUGAAAUCAUAUGCCUGGAUUUCCCUUUAUUUGAAGGAGAUGAAAUGUUCAUAGAAUGGAAUGGAGAGGCCUUCAAGAAGAUGGAAAACCUCAAAACAUUAAUUAUUAGAAACUGUCAUUUUUCAAAAGGCCCCAAACAUCUUCCAAACAGUUUAAGAGUAUUGGAAUGGUGGGCAUAUCCAUUACAGGAUUUGCCAACUGAUUUUUAUCCAAACAAACUUGCCAUAUGCAAAUUACCCAAGAGUUGCUUUACAUCACUUGAGUUAGUUAGCUUAUCGAAGAAGUUCUUGAAUCUGAUAGUUUUAAAUUUUGACGAGACCGAAUGUUUAACACAAAUACCUGACAUAUCCGGUCUCCGGAAUUUAGUAAAAUUGUCAUUUGAAUGUUGUGAGAAUUUAGUUUCAAUUCAUGAUUCGGUUGGAUUUCUUGAUAAGCUUAGAAUCUUGAGUGCUUUUGGUUGCAGCAAGCUUACAAGUUUUCCGCCCAUCAAGUUGACCUCUCUUGAACAACUUGAACUUUCAUCUUGCUCAAGUCUUGAAAGUUUUCCAGAGAUAUUGGGAAGGAUGGAAAACAUAACACAGCUUGAGUUGAAGUACACUCCUAUAAAGGAAUUCCCAUUUUCAUUUAGAAAUCUUACUGGACUUCGAGAUUUAGUGCUGGUUGGCUGUGGAAAUGUUCAGUUACCAAGUAGCAUUGUCAUGUUGCCAGAACUGGCUGAGAUUUUCGCUUUGGAAUGCAAAGGGUGGAUAUUGCCAAAAGAAGAUAAAGAAAAAGUGAGCUCAAUAUAUUCAAAUGUAAAAUGUCUCUGUCUCACAGGCUGCAAUCUAUCAGAUGAAUAUUUUCCCAUGGCUUUAGCAUUGUUUGGUAAUGUGAAAGAGUUAGAGCUAUCCAGCAAUAACUUCACAUUUCUUCCUGAAUGCAUCAAAGAAUGUCGCUCUUUAACAUUACUUAAUUUGGAUAAUUGUGAGCGUCUUCGAGAAAUUAGAGGGAUUCCACCAAAUUUAGAACAUUUCUCAGGGGCAAAUUGCAAGUCCUUGAGUUUCUGGUGUACUGCCAUGUUGUUGAAUCAGGAACUGCAUGAGGCUGGAAACACCAUGUUUUGUUUUCCUGGAUCAAGGAUUCCAGAUUGGUUCGAGCACCAAAGCAUAGGACCCUCAAUAUCUUUCUGGUUCCGUGACAAGUUCCCUACCAUGGCUCUUUGUUUUGUUAUUGGACCAAUGGGUAAGGACUCUAUUUUGUUUAGACCCAUCAUGACCAUAAAUGGGGUGGAGAUACAAUUCUUGACUGAAAAAAGAAUUUGUUUCGACUUCCCAUCUUUAACUGAUCACGUAUUUAUCAUUGGUACAAAAUACACGAGCUUCGGAGAUAAUCUGGAUGAAGUACUUUCGAAAAAUGAAUGGAAUCAUGUGGUUGUUUCCAUUGGUAUUGGUUUUGAACCAACCCCUGAGAAGAUGAUGAUUGUCAAGCGAACUGGAUUCCACAUAAUCAAACCAGAAAGCAGCACGGGCGAUAUUGAAUUCACCGAUCCUUAUAAUAACCAUCCAAUUCCAAGCUUGGAAGAGAAGCAUAAAUUGUUGGACAUAGGAGAUUGUCAUAAACAAUUUAUACAGCAGCAAACCACUUUGGUUUCAUUGGAACCACAUGUGGGACAGGGCAGGGAGUCAUUUUCAUUACUUCAUCCUCAAGCAUGCCAAAAUAAUGUGAUUUCGGAUUCGAAUUCAACACGAAUAAGUAGCAUCGCCGGUAUCCAAGGGCAUGAAAUUGCAGCAGGAAAUUUACAGUUGGACAUGGGAGUUUUGCAAUUUGUGCAGAAGCGAAAAAGAUUGGCUAUUAUGGGUUUAUUGCAACAACGGCGCAUGGCUUCAUUGGGUUUACUGCAACGACGGGGCAGAGAAUGUCUUUCAUUGCUUUGUCCUCCAUCAUUGGAUUACAUGAACGAUAAUCUGUAUUGGGAUUCAAAGUCGCAGAGGAAUAGCAUCGUUAGUGUCCAAGGCAGGACACACACACACCAACACCAACCUGAACCUGAACCUGUGUCCAUCUCGAGUGUGUCUUGGGAUCCAAUGGAAUUGGAAUAUCACGUAAAUAUCCAUAACACCAAACGACAAAAACUCUAAUUCCACUGCAAGUUACAGCAUGGUAAAUUCGUAAUGAUUCCUUUGCAUCUGAUUCUUCCAUUUACGUCAUAUCAUGUAACUUUCUGUGCUU